UGUCACUGUCACUUUAAUAAAACAUAACCUACAAAUAAUAUUAUGAAUAAGAGUAUUAAUUUCUCGUACAAACUUCUAUUAUUUUAUUCUAAAGUAAUACAUUAAAUUAAAUACACAACAAAGUACUCGUGAUCGAACCGUAGAUUCAACCACAUAAAAUUUCAAGUAUCUAUCAAUCUGCAAAUAAAAUACAACAAGCAUAAUGAAUUGCAAAAAGUGUGAUUCUUCUCAUACAGUGUUAUUGAGAAAAAAAGAUUAUUACUGUGAUGACUGUUUCAUGGUCAACACUAAUCAUAAAUUUCGUGCAUGUAUUGGUAAAAAUAAAAUUUUGAUACCAAAUGAAAAUGUUUUGAUUGGUAUCUCUGGAGGUGUUGGUUCUACAGUGUUAUUAGAUUUAGUCAACCAUGCUGUAACAUUGGAAAAUACAAAAAAACUACGUAUAGUCCCAUUUUUCGUACAUUUACUUGAUGAAGAAAGGAAAGAUUCAGCACAGGCUGUAAUAAAACAAUGUAAUAAGUAUAAUAUCAAUGUUUAUAUCAUUCAUCUCGCCGAGUAUAUGGACUUAAAAUUUGACAUUCCAAAGCCAAACUGUAUACCAGAAACUGAAGAAAAGAAAGUAAAAUCAUUUCAUGACAUGUUGAACAGUAUGCCUAUAACAGCUGCUAAAGAUUUGUUACUAAAAGUAAAACGCAAUUUACUAGUUGAAUUUGCAAAGAAAGUCAAAUGCCGUAUUGUUUUCACUGGAGAAACAACAAACACUCUGGCAAUAAACUUAUUAACAAACCUGGCUACGGGUAGAGGAGCACAAGUACAAGAUGACAUUGGCUUUUGUGAUGUUCGUGACAAAGAAAUAAAAAUUUUAAGACCAAUAAAAGACAUCAGCAAAGAAGAACUGGAUUACUAUGUUGCAAUUAAACAACUGAGUCCCUUUCACGAGAAGGAUGUGAUAAGUAACAGCUUGCAGUCAGUAAUUGCUUCAUUUGUAUCUGAUCUGCAAAAGGAUUUUCAGGCUACCAUAUCCACUGUUUGCAAAACAGCUGACAAAAUUGGGAACCAAGAAAUAAUUAAUGACGAACAAAACAUGCAAGGAAAAUGUGUAAUCUGUAAGAGCAACUUGCACACCAGGGAUUUAAAUAUCUCAGCUCUUGAAGCAACAAAUGUAUCAAGAAAAGUUUCUUUGGGGAAUGCGCAGUUUAGACAAGAUUUAGACAAUAAUCCAGAUAUCAGUACCUUGGAAAGUGACGCUACUCCUUCAGUCUUCCCGCUAAUUAAUAAAUAUUUGUGUUACGGAUGCAGCAGAAAUCAAUCAGAAAGGAAUCAAACUAAAUUACCGCCAUACAUAGAAGAAGCGUUAAAGUUAUAGCAUUAUUUAUGAAAUUUUAAUAUAUUUAUAUGUAUAACUU